CUGCUGCACACUGGGGGCCCUGUGAGGCACGCAGAGUGCGGCUGGCAGACCCUCAGGGAAAAACUGCAGCCUUCCAGCCCGGGGAAGGGUGCAGACAGCGACCAGAAAGGCCGAGGCAAGCCCCUGCGCCCAGUGAGCCCAGUGCGACCACAGGAGCAGGACUGGAAGCGUCCCGGAGAUGUUCACCAUGGCCAGAAGAUAGAGAAGGACUGGAAGCAUCAAGAGAAGCCCAUGUGCCAUGCCGAUUUGAUGCACCACCUGGAGAGGGAGUGGAGGAGCCCCGCUAGGUGUGUGAAUGCAGGACCACGGCCAGACAACAGCUGGAGAAGGCCUGAGAGUCCAGCGCAGUGGUUGGAAGAUGACUGGAAGGGCCCAGAGCCUGUCCGAGCCUCAAACAAUCCAGAAAAGCCAUUGGAAAAUGACUGGGGGAACAAGAACUUCAUUUCUUAUUCCCAGCCGGGUGGAGGCACCCUCCCACCACAAAGCAGUGCCAGCUCCUCGGGAAGCCAACACCUGUACCUGCAUGCCAGCGAGAAACACCACAAGCCAGAUCUCCUCAAUUUCAAGAAAGGAUGGAUGUCCAUCCUGGAUGAGCCGGGAGAGUGGAAGAAACAUUGGUUCGUGCUGACUGACUCAAGCCUGAGGUAUUACAGAGACUCUAAUGCUGAGGAGGCAGAUGACCUUGAUGGUGAAAUCGACCUUCGUUCGUGCACAGACGUGACUGAAUUUGCAGUGCAACGCAACUAUGGCUUCCAGAUACACACGAAGGACGCCGUCUUCACGCUGUCUGCCAUGACCUCGGGCAUCCGGCGGAACUGGAUUGAGGCGCUGAGGAAGAACGUGCGCCCGGUCAGCGCUCCAGACGUCACCAAGCUCUCCGACUGCAAUAAGGAAAACUCGUUCCGAAGCUACGGGAGCCAUGGAGAAACCAAUGAAGCACUGAGGAAGGAGGUCCAGUCCCUGCGGGCACAGCUGGAGUCCUGCCGGGCCCGCAAUGAGAGCCUUCGGGAUGCUGCCAGAUCCCAGGGGGAGAGCCACGUGCCUCAGGGAUACAUCUCGCAGGAGGCUUGUGAGCGCAGCCUGGCCGAGAUGGAGUCGUCCCACCAGCAGGUGAUGGAGGAGCUCCAGAGGCACCAUCAGCGGGAGCUGGAGCGGCUGCGGCAGGAGAAGGAGCGGCUCCUCGCGGAGGAGGCCGCGGCGACAGCAGCAGCUAUUGAAGCACUGAAGAAAGCCCAUCGAGAGGAGAUGAAUAAGGAGCUGGGGAGGACACGCAGCUUUCAGCAGGGUGGUGCAGGUGCAGAAGCCCUCCAGAAGCAGCAUCAGUUGGACGUGGAUUCCCUGAAGCGGGAGCUGCAGGUGCUCUCAGAGCAGUACUCCCAGAAGUGCCUGGAAAUCGGGCAGCUCACAGAGAAGGCGGAGGAGCAGGAGCAGAUGCUGCAGCGCUCUCAGCAAGAAGAGAAGGAGCUGCUCCGGCAGAACCAGGAGCUACAGUCCCGCCUCUCGGAGGAGAUAGGGAAGCUGCGAAGUUUUAUUUCGUCACGGUGCUCCGGGGACCGCUCUGCACAGAACAACGAGCGAAGCUCCUGCGAGCUGGAGGUACUGCUGCGGGUGAAGGAGAACGAGCUCCAGUACCUAAAGAAAGAGAUUCAGUGUCUCCGGGAGGAGCUUCAGAUGAUGCAAAAGGAUAAGCGAUUUGCCUCAGGGAAAUACCAGGAUGUCUAUGCAGAGCUGAAUCACAUUAAGGUGCGCUCAGAGAGGGAGAUUGAACAGCUGAAGGAGCAUCUGCGCCUGGCAAUGGCGGCCCUGCAAGAGAAGGAGUCGCUGUGCAACAGCAUCAGCAAGUAACGGUCUACUCUUCAUCUGUUUAUCUGUUCUCUUUUUUUAUUUGCUCCAUUCCUCACUUACGGGGAGGGAGAGGUUGAAUCCCAUCUGUAAUCGCCUUGGCAAGAAAUCUCCCUUUCCCAUGCAGCUUCCUCACUCCCCUCCCAAAGCUUUCAAUGAAGCCCUUCCAAACUCCUUUCACCUGCGUAUCUGAGCACGUUGUUUGGACUGGCUCCUUUUGUGCACCUUCUUCAGGAUUUUAUAUGUGGAAAAAAAUAUAUU